AUGAUUGUGAAAGCAAAAACACCCUCCAGGGAAAAUCUUGAUGUAUGGUUCCUAAAUACUUUAAACUUUUUACAGGAUAUCAUUGCUAGUAGUGUGGAUACCAUCACUGUCACUCUAACAUGGAUGCUCUCACUGCUAUUGAACAAUCCCGGUACUCUCCAAAAGGUUCAAGAGGAAAUUAACAAGCACGUUGGAAAGGGUAGACGAGUUAAUGAUUAUGAUAUUAGCAAACUAGUCUACCUCCAAGCUGUUGUAAAGGAGACACUGAGGUUAUACCCAGCAGCACGACUUACAGCUCCAAGAGAAUUUUCAGAAGAUUGCAAUGUAGCUGGAUAUCAUGUCCCAAAAGGCACAUGGUUGAUUGUCAACAUAUGGAAGAUCCAACAUGACCCAGAAAUCUGGUCAGAUCCAUCGGAAUUUAGGCCUGAAAGGUUCCUUUCUGGGACUCAAGCGCAUGUAGAUGUUAGGGGGACAAACUUUGAGUUAAUGCCAUUUGGUGCCGGAAGAAGGUCGUGUCCCGGGUUUUCUUUUUCACUUCAUAUGUUGCACAUUGUACUGGCUACUUUGCUACAAAAUUUUGACAUGUCAUCUCCCGAAGAUUCAACUAUAGAUAUGACCGAAAGUAUAGGAAUAAAUGCCAAGGCUUCUCCCCCUUGA